AUAUGUGAUACCGUCAGCGGUCUUGAUGGGAUAGUAAAGCAUACUACACAUGCACCAGUUAUGGUUGGUAAUAUCUUAGGCAAACGAAAAUUAAACACCUGCUUCCGUUGUUGCGCCAACGACGGGGAUAUAUAUCGCCCGUGUAAUUUGAAUCAGUGCAGCAUGCAAGCCAUUUCUUUAUCGACCAAUGUCGCUUCGAUUAGUACCAUACCAUCUAAAGCCCGUACUACACUCAAAACAACGGCUACCUCACCCACAACCACUCCCACGUCGACCACGACCACGCCCACUUCAACCACGACAACGCCCACUUCGAUCACAACAACCACUCCACCCCUUCCAACUUCCUGUUACCUGUGUAAUGGAAUGCCGAUAUAUAUAUGUGAACAGUUUUCCACACCUUUACAAUGUGCUACUCCGGACCAACAAUAUUGCUUAAAUAUAUUGGUAAACAAUAGAGAUGGCUCCAGAACAUUAAAUAGAACAUGUGCUACUGAAGAUGAAUGUCGAGUAAAAUGGUGGGAUCAGACUUCAGACCGUCCAGAAUGUUCUGGAUAUGAUCCGUCCUCAGGCACAAGGAUGUAUUUUACGUGUACAUUUUGUUGUACUUCGCCAGACUGUAACAAAAACAUUUUACCAGAUAAUUUAUAUACCCCACAUAAAAUGUAAUAUCACUGAUA